AGUUUCAUAUCUUUUGCAGAGUUCAAAAAGAAUCAAACCUCUCCUGUUACCAGUCUGUUCUUCGCUGGAAACUACUCUCUUUUCUCGAGUACAAUUUUUCAUAUUAUUUUAUAAAAAAAAGAAGCUCAAAAAUCUGAGUUUUCGGUUUCUUGAUUUAUUGAUUAAGCUCUCUGAUCCCGAACUCUAGCCCUUUGAUGGGACCGAUAUCUCACCUCAAUCCCUUGUCUUAAAAAGUUUCUUUGUUGGGUCAAAGAUGGGAGUUGAAAAGUUGGGAACUUUGAUCUUCGUUUCAACGAUUACGUGCUUGAUUUGCAUCUGCCAUGGAUUCACACCUCAAGAUAAUUACUUGAUCAACUGCGGCUCACCGGCCAAUUCGACACUCAUGGAUCGAGUCUUCAUGUCCGAUAAGCUCGCCUCCAACUUACUCACCUCUUCUAGCAAACCAGAGAUCCUCGCGAGUCAAAGUAACAGCUCCGACGUUUACCAGACGGCGAGAGUCUUCACCGGAGUCGCUACCUACAAAUUCUCCGUCGUCGCUCGUGGCCGCCACUGGGUUCGUCUCCAUUUCAAUCCAUUCAAUUACCAAAACUACCAAAUGGGUUCCGCCAAGUUCGCGGUUUCAACGCAGACUCAUGUGCUCUUGAGCGAUUACACAGUCAACGGCUCCAAAGUUGUAAAAGAGUACUCUUUGAAUGUUGGCACGGAUGAUCUCGUCCUCACGUUUACUCCCUCUGCUAGUUCGUUUGCGUUUGUGAACGCUAUUGAGGUUAUAUCCGUUCCCGACGCAUUGAUCGCUUCUUCUCCCGCUCCGAGGCUCGUAGGCGGCUCAGGGAUGUUUCAACAGAGCUUGUCAACACAGGCUUUCGAGACAAUUCACAGAUUGAACAUGGGGGGUUCGCUCGUUACGCCUAACAACGACACUCUGACAAGAACUUGGCAGCCUGAUUCGGAUUUUCUGCUUUCGAAGAAUCUAGCCAACACGGUGUCUAAGAUUUUGUCGGUUAAAUUUGUUCCAGGCUUUGCAACAGAGGACACUGCGCCGAGCACCGUGUAUGGUACUUGCACUGAGAUGAAUAGCUCAGGCGACCCUACUAGCAAUUUCAAUGUCACGUGGGAGUUCGACGUGGACCCUGGCUUUCAGUACUAUUUGCGCUUCCACUUCUGCGAUAUCGUGAGCGUAGCUCUCAACCAGCUCUAUUUCAAUGUUUAUGUCGACUCAAUGCUCGCUGUUAUGGACGUUGAUCUCAGCACUUACGUGAACACACUGGCUGGUGCAUACAACAUGGACUUCGUCACCCCCUCGCCGAAAGGUACUAAUAAAAUCCGCGUUAGCAUCGGUCCAUCGAAUGUCCACACCGAUUAUCCCGACGGUAUUGUGAACGGGUUGGAGAUCAUGAAGAUGAAUAACUCUCGAGGCCAGCUCAGCACCGGGACAUUUGUUCCAGGUAGUACUAGUUCGGGUACUAAGCAAAAGAGUGUGGGAUUGAUUGUCGGUGCAACCAUUGGUCCGUUGCUCGCGUUAGUCCUCUUGGGAGGUUGUUUUGUGUUGUGUAAGAAGAGGAAGCGCGGCCAAGACGGUCAUUCCAAGACAUGGAUGCCGUUUUCGAUAAACGGAAUGUCGGUGGGAAGCAAAGUGUCGUAUGGAACUACGCUUACAAGUAUAACAACCAAUGCCAAUUACCGUAUCCCCUUUGCGACGGUUAAAGAUGCUACAAACAACUUCGACGAGAGUCGCAACAUCGGUGUUGGAGGUUUUGGUAAAGUCUACAAAGGAGAGCUUAACGACGGCACGAAAGUAGCUGUGAAAAGAGGAAACCCGAAAUCUCAGCAAGGGCUUGCGGAGUUCAGGACAGAGAUCGAGAUGUUGUCGCAGUUCCGUCACCGCCAUUUGGUUUCUCUGAUUGGUUACUGUGAUGAGAACAGCGAGAUGAUAUUGGUUUAUGAGUAUAUGGAGAAUGGAACGGUAAAGAGUCAUCUCUACGGCUCGGGUCUUCCUAGCUUGACGUGGAAACAACGGCUUGAGAUCUGCAUUGGUGCGGCUAGAGGAUUGCAUUACCUUCACACUGGUGACUCGAAACCUGUCAUUCACAGAGACGUGAAAUCCGCAAACAUAUUGCUUGACGAGAACUUCAUGGCCAAAGUUGCGGAUUUUGGACUGUCUAAGACCGGACCUGAGCUUGAUCAAACUCAUGUGAGUACUGCUGUGAAAGGCAGUUUCGGGUAUCUCGACCCCGAGUACUUCAGAAGGCAACAGCUCACUGAGAAAUCAGAUGUCUACUCCUUUGGUGUGGUUCUCUUCGAGGUUCUUUGUGCUAGACCUGUUAUAGACCCGACGCUUCCGAGAGAGAUGGUGAAUCUUGCGGAAUGGGCGAUGAAAUGGCAGAAGAAAGGGCAGUUAGAUCAGAUCAUCGACCAGUCUCUUCGCGGAAACAUCAGACCAGAUUCGUUGAGGAAGUUUGCAGAGACUGGUGAGAAAUGUUUGGCUGAUUAUGGAGUCGAUAGGCCGUCUAUGGGAGAUGUGUUGUGGAAUCUUGAAUACGCUCUGCAGCUACAAGAAGCUGUCAUAGACGGUGAACCGGAAGAUAACAGCACGAAUAUGAUUGGAGAGUUACCUCCGCAGAUCAACAACUUCAGUCAAGGGGACACGAGUGUUAACGUUCCGGGAACCACGGGACUAUUUGAGGAAUCGAGCAUUGAUGAUCUCUCUGGUGUUUCCAUGAGUAAAGUGUUCUCUCAGCUUGUGAAAUCCGAAGGAAGAUGAUGAGAGGGUGGGAACAGUGAUAGUGCCCCGCGAAAAGUUCUGAUAUUGUAACAGGAAAGGAAGCAAAACAUGUAAUGAGGAAAGAAAGCAUCAGGUCUUUUGUCUGCUCGAGCUGUUUCUUAUGUGUAUUUUUCAUCGGUAAUGAUACAAAUAGUUUGAAAAAGUUUCCUAUUUUAUCCUCUCUUCCCUCCUCAUGAGUUUGUAUGCUAUUCUGAAGUUGUCUGAUAUUUGUUUGUUCUUUGUUUCUAAGUAUAUGUUUUAACACUCUUAUUGCUUCAAUUGUACUCUUUAAGUUUAGAGAAGUUUUAUUACU